AUGGGAAGGAAGCAUAGAGGAGGGAUGACGAAAGCGAGGGUGUCCAGAAUCGGUAGCUAUGCCAUUGCGUCCUCCAUUAAAGACCCAACCUGCAUUUCCUGCACCACCUUCAACAUACUCGCCCCAAUCUACAAGAGACUCAAUAACAAGGACCAAAGUUGCCGGGAAAGCGAUUACAGGGUGUAUUGGUUGAACAGGAACCAGAGAAUAUUGGAUUGGUUGUUGAACGAAAGAUCUUCCAUUAUCUGUCUUCAGGAGUUUUGGGUUGGGAAUGAAGAGCUUGUCAAUAUUUACAAGAGGAGACUUAGUGAUGCUGGUUAUAUCAAUUUCAAGCUUGCGCGAACCAACAACCGUGGUGAUGGUCUUCUAACUUCUGUGCAUAAGGACUACUUUAGGGUUCUUAACCAUAGGGAGUUGCUCUUCAAUGAUUUGGAGACCGUGUUGCUCAGCUAUUACAUGUUGAAUUAG